AUGAAAAAAAACAAAUUUGUAGUAUUCAGCCCGGCCCAGCCUUUGCCGAAUCAAGUUUCUCAAGCGAGCGACGCCGCCGCCGGCAAAUCCCCUACGACGCCGCCGCAACAUCCACCAGCGACGCCGCCACCUCCAGAUCGCAGAAGACCACUUCCCAGAAGGCCGGGCACGCCGCCACCAGCGACGCCGCCUCUUUCGUCGCGCGGCCAGAAUUCACCCACAUGCCCGAGCACUCUGCCGGCAUCUCGACCGCCACGUCCCGCUCGUGGAUCCCUCCUUCCAGGCUUCCUCCUCCAUGGGGCCGCACCGCUGCAGUACGCAUCCGACGUGCUCCGUCCCGACGGUCUCCUGCGACAAGCUCGCGGGGAACAAGACCACUGUCGCGCGGCCGACAUGGAAGGUCAAGGCGCUGGUGAGGAGCAGAAGAUGUCGCCGCUGGUGGUCCACCACUGGAGACUGGCAGAAGCUGAUUACAGGGACGUUUGUGUUGACCGCAACCCCGUUAGUGCGACCAUGAUGUUGUUAUUACAUCAACUAGUAGGUAAAACUGGAUGGAAUUGCAAGAGUCAUUCUGUGGUGCUGACCAUCCUCCUGUGCUUGUGUGGCAACCUGUGUAUACUUUUCUCAUACAAGGUCUGAAGGCUUAAUUAACCAACUAUUGCUUCAGACGGUUCUUGUGCCUCACAACGCUUUGCGGAAAGUUUCACGUACAGCCUGUACCAUCUUGAGCUAUGCAUUAUGUGCAACUAUUGAUCAAAUUUAUACCAGCGUGCUCCUUGGAACUCA